AUGCCCAGGGCUCUGCGGGACAUGGGGGCCAUGCUCACCUGCCUCCAGCUCCUGCUGCUUCUCACCGGUGUAGAGCUGAGGCCCCACACAUGGGAUGAGGACAGGCUCCAGCUGGAAGCCAUCAAAAAGGGGAUCCUGGAGCGGUUGGGGAUGCCCGCUCCCCCCGUGGUCCGGCACCGGCUGGACCGGGAGAGCAUCCGGAGCGCACAGCGGCUGUACCGGCAGAAAGUGGCUGAGCUGAUGGGGAACCAGAGCCGGGAGGAGGAGGGAGCUGUGCCUGGGACCUUGCACCUCCAUCGCCUGACACCCACAUUGCUUCACCAGCCGGACAUCCCCCAGGGACACCAGGACCCCCGGGGACACCAGGGCCCCCGUGGCCCCUACUGCUACCAUCUCAUCCUCUCCCGCACCAAAGCUUUCCACCGGCAGCUCCGGGUGGCCCGAGCAAAGCUGAAGCUCUUCAAGCAGUCGCUGUCACCCCCCAGCAUGUCCCCACUCGACACCUCGGUGCCCUCCCGUGUCAGCAUUUACACCCUGGGGGGGGCUCAGGGGACCCCCCAGCUCCUACAUAGCCAAGAGCUGGACCCUGACACCCCGAGCCUGGACCUCACAGCGGCCAUCCAGCCCUGGGUUGCCAGUCCCGAGGACACGCUGCGCCUGGAGUUGACCUUCACAGCUGACGUCUCAACCUUGUUGGACACCUCGGGAGAUGAGACCCUGGUGUUGGAGGUGGAAACCCAUGAGCCUGCGGGCCGCAGGGCCAGGAGAGCCCGGGGGCUGGAGGAGGAGUGCGGGAAAAGCGAUGGGAAGUGUUGCCUCAAGUCGCUCAAGGUCUCCUUCCAGGACAUCGGCUGGUCAGACUGGGUCAUCGCCCCCAACAGCUACUACAUGAGGUUCUGCGAAGGUUCCUGUCCCCACAACUACAAGCCGGCCAGCAUGCACGCCCAGAUCAAAGCCCGCAUGCACUCCCUCUCCAAAGCCACCCCCCCGCCCUGCUGUGUCCCCGCCGGCUACGACCCCAUGGUGCUGAUGCACUACGAUGGCGAGGGCAGGCUGGUCUCCACCCUCUUCGAGGACAUGCUGGUCACCAGGUGCCACUGUGCCUGA